GAUCUAACAAGACUUGAGAAGAGAAACUUGUUGGUUGCCAUGCAUUAUUGCAUGUGAGUCUGUGAGCCAGGGAAUCUGAGCUGUGGCUAGGCGGAAACUUAAUCAAGAGCGCCUUGUUUAUAUCCUGGCAAACCAUUUACGUUGAUGACCUUGUCGCUAACCUUGGAACGUCACUCAAAGGCCGCUUAUUUACAUUUGGUUUACAUAACUACUCGAAUACCCGUUGUACGAACAUAAGUGGAGGAAAUGACUGCUUGUGUGGCAUAGGUUGUGCAUGUUCUCUAUCAUCAUCGAUUAUGAUUUUGAGUUCCAAGAAACGUGGAGGCUCUAAUUUUCUACAAAAGGUGGGUGUUACAAUUAGGAAGAGCGUCAGUUAGGAUUGCUCAAUAGGCCUAGGCAUGUGUAAGAAAUAAGGAGUGGACCAGCCUUUUUUACCACUUUGAAAUAUUACCGUACGCAGAUCCUGUGUUGCUAGGCCAUGGCUGUUUUUCCAGAUAAAAAACAUAGCACUGAUUUGGAAACCAAGAAGGACGACGGUAGCUUCUUUGAGGAGACCUCUCUUCACGGUCUCAAAUAUUUACGUAAACAUGGACGGACAAGGGUGAUCUGGAUCAACGUUGUGGCGAUUUGUGUGAUUGUUCUGGUCAUCUUUGCUGAUUCAACCUUGACCGAGUUUUGGACAAGUCCAAUGAGGAUCCAAGUGAAUUCGACCAAUUCACCGCUCAACUUGGAAGAUUUCCCUGUCGUUACUUUUUGCCCUAACAACGUCUUGAGCAGAGAGAAGGCCAAAAAGGCCAACAAAACUGAUGCUGAUAUUCGAACUGUCUUAGAUUACAAACAGUAUGCCCAAUCUUGCUCACAUUUCAUGAGAACCUGCACUUUUUAUGGGAUAGAUUGCCAAUCUUUUAUCACCCAGGUCAUCACGGACAUGGGGUGGUGCUGCCAAUUGGAUGUGAUGGAAGUGAUGAAUGCCAAUGCAGAUGCAGAGUCUGGUGGCAUCGUCGGCCUCAUGGGCUUGGACGUUAUCUUCGAUAUCGAAUCUUACAACUACAUGAUGCCAAAUUGCUACUUUGAGGGGAUAGUGUUCCGAGCAAUACCCCGAGGGAGUUAUCCGAAUAUGUUGUCCAAAUUCACCGCAAUUUCUCCGGGAGCAACGGCUUACGUGAAUAUGAAACUUGUCAAGAUCUUCACCACUGACGACGCUCGUGAAAAAUCGAUCAAAAUCCGGAAUUGUGUGUUUCAAGACGAAAUCACAUUGGACAAUUUUGACGUCUACACUCAAGACAAUUGCUACACCGACCAGAUCAUCAAUCAAUUCAAGGAAAAAUGCGGCUGCAUUGGAAUCUACAGGGGUUUUGGAAAUUCCUCCAACUACAAAGAAUGCACACUCACUGGCAGUCUCGCAUGGAGAUCAGAAACAGAAUACCUUGAAUGUUUAGAAAAUGGUUACAAUACAUCGGAUGUGAUUAGUGCAGCGGGAUGUCCCUCUCAAUGCUUAGCACCUUGUCAAGAGGAUCAGAUCUCGUUGGAGAUCUCCACAGGAGCUACCCCCGGAUUUCAAGCUCUCUGUGGACGUGAGCCCACUCCAGACGACAAGCUUUCCUGCCUAUUGAAUUUUUUUGGAAGGCCUAUCAACGAUAAACUUUGUGAGACGUUGGAUAUGUUUGCGGAUGACGAGUACGAGCUGUACUCGAGGGCAAGACUUUGCGAUAAAACGUUCCAAGAAGUACACCGGCAAUGCAAUACGACUGUUCCACAUCUGAAACCCUGUUUGCAAGCAUUAAAUCUUUCAGUCAGCGACAGGCGUCAUGUGGAAGAAGUCAUAUACGACUAUACCAGGGCAAAUAUCAUCUCUGCCAGAUUAAUAUUUUCGGAAAAAUAUUUUUCUUCAAUUGAACGGGAUGUCUCCUACACGCUCCAAUCUCUAAUCUGUAACAUUGGAGGUCUUCUUGGGCUUUGCUUAGGUUGUAGUUUCAUAAGCCUGAUCGAGAUCGUUUUCUUCUGUAUCAAACUACUCCCGUGCAAGCUACCAAUUUGUAAUUAAGCAUGAAAUGGACAAUAAAGUUCGGCACAUUCAUUCGUA